UAAAUCCUGACUUUAGCUCAUUUCAAAGGAUAUCGACAGUGAAAGUACCUGUGUCAACGCCGCAGCAGUAAUGCCUCAACAACAAAAAGUAUUAAGUUUCUCUGAGGUUCUGGUAACCUGUCGGAUAUUUGUAUAUGUACUGUUAAUUGUAUUACAAUUAUCUGAAGCUUCAGAUACAGAUCUUCCAGUGAGUUCUGAGUUAUCCAGACCCAUAGUCCAUACUCCAGUAGGCAUCUACCGGGGGCUUCGAGCCCAGGACGGGAAUUACUCUAUGUUCCUGGGUAUACCGUAUGCGAUAGUUGAUCCGCAAAAUGUUUUUGGUCCUUCUAUUCCGCACAAGUUUAACGGGAUAUUUGAAGCAAUUAAUGAUAACUCAAGAUGUCCCCAAAUUGAAGAAUCAAUAAUAAGUGGCUCACUGGACUGCCUACACGUCCAUAUUUAUGCACCAAAUAGUGCUAGUAUUGAUAAUCCCUUGCCUGUUAUGGUUCACAUAUUUGGGGGGAAAUUUUUAUUCGGAUUUGCAGGCAGAUACUUAUAUGGCCCACGAUUUUUAGUCAGACAUGACAUAAUUUUCAUUUCAUUUAACUAUCGGCUAGGCCCUUAUGGUUUUAUGUGCCUAAAUAAUUCUAAAGUGCCUGGGAACCAGGGUUUAAAAGAUCAAGUGCAAGCAUUACGUUGGAUUAAAGAAAAUAUAAAAUACUUCGGCGGAGACGACUCCAAAAUCACUUUAGCAGGGAACAGUGCUGGUGCAGUGUCUGUAGAUUUUCACCAGUAUUAUCUACAGGAACAACUUUAUCAUAGAGCGAUUGUUCAAAGUGGCGUUGCAUUGACUCGAGAUGUUGGCAGGAGUUUAGAACCUGAUCGAUAUGCUCCUAUAAAAUUAGCAAAGGAACUGAAUUUUACAACGGCUGAUAUAAAUAAAGCUUUAUUGUUUCUCAACCAAUUAGAGCCGCGCGUACUUGUUGGCGCAACAGAGACUUCUGGUAUAAAUUUAGGACCAUGUAUUGAAAACCAAUUCAAGAAUGUUGAAAAUUUUAUAACGAAAAGUUCAAUAAACGUGAAAAUCGUCAGUCAAAGGGAUGUCGAUGUUUUGAUUGGUAUAACUAGCGACGAAGGCUAUUCGCUACUAGGUCUGUACUUACAAAGUGGUAAAUAUAAAUGUAAAGACUUGAUGUCUUUACUUUUAGAAACUAAUUUUGAAUUUAGAAAUGAAAGUCAGCUUUCAGAUGAUAUACAAAGGAUUGUUCAGUUGUUUUACUAUGGUGAUGAUAAUCAAUGUACAGAAAACAAGAGAACUGAAAUUAAAAUAUAUGGUGAUUUUUUUACUAACAGCCCUACUUUAAGGACUAUUACAAAAUAUUUGGAUAGUGGCAUAGAAAACAUGUAUUUCUAUAUGUUUUCAUUUGCCGGUGAAAGGAAUUAUGCCAAAGACUACUUAAAUGUAACAUCUACAGUCGGGGGUGCUAUUCACGCAGAUGAACUAGGAUAUUUGUAUGACAUUUCUUACAUGAAAAAGCGGUUGCGUGAUGAAGAUAUGCUAAUGGUAGACAAGAUGACCGAACUUUGGACUAAUUUUGUAAAAUACGGGAAUCCAACCCCGAAACCAUCCAAGUUGGUGCCUCUGCAGUGGCCGCGCGUCUCGCAUGACAAGAUGUCAUAUUUGGAGAUCGACACUGAAUUGCGUCUUGGAUCCAGACCGAUGCACGAGCGGAUGAGCUUUCUAGACCUUUUGUACAAGCAUUUAAGACGUUAUCAAAAGUGAAUAAUGCAAGAUUGAAAAAUGAAGCAGGGGAUGGACAUAAUUAUAAACAAUGCAAUAUU